CCUGUAGCUGAACACAAAACCAAAGUGGUGGGACGCAGGAGCAUUUGACAGUAGCCUGAGUCAGAAAGUAGCAGAUUCAUACAGAGACGAGAGCGAGAGAGAGAAAGAGAGGAUGCCGCGGUCAUUCCUACUGAAUAAGAAAAAGAAGAAACAGGGGGCAUGUGGAGGAUGGAGGUGGAGAGACCCAGAGCAGACAGACUGGAAAGAGGACAACAGAACAGUGUGUGAGAAUGCUGAGGUGCAGUCUACAACAGUCACCUGCCCUGACUCCCCUAAAUAUGUGGCUCUGCCUGAGCCAGCUAUCCCCUCCUCAGGACCAGGACUUUGGGCAGGGCCAAUAGGCGGAACAGGACCAGUACCAGGGGAAGGACCAGAGGUCGGGCCAAACAGGGGCCAAGGUUGGUCCAAUCUUCUGUCCCAGACCAUGGGCCAGGGUCAUUUCUACCUCCCUGCUGCACUGGCACUGGCCUCCAGAGCCAAGCCCCGCCCCCGUGUCCCCCCCAGCUCGGGUGACUUCCUGUGUUCGGUGUGUCACAAGGUGUUUCCCCUGCAGCGCAUGUUGACGCGCCACCUCAAGUGCCACAGCAUGGUGAAGAGACACCCCUGUCGCUACUGUGGCAAGGGCUUCAACGACACCUUCGACCUCAAGAGGCACAUGCGCACUCACACAGGUAUCCGUCCGUACCGCUGCGAGCUGUGCGACAAGGCCUUCACCCAGCGCUGCUCCCUUGAAUCCCACCUGAGGAAGAUCCAUAGCGUGCGCCAGCAGUACGCCUACCGCCAGCGCCGCUCCAAGAUCUUUGUGUGCGAGGACUGUGGCUACACGUCCAACCGUCCCGAAGAGUACUUCCUCCACGUGCGCCAGUGCCACCCGGGCAGCCCAGCCCUGCGGCGCUACUACCGCCGCCAGGCACACGAGGGCACCAACAACGUGCCCGCCGAACACAAACUCAGUCCCUUCUUGAUGUAUCCCACUGGGUACUAUGUGGGUUGAUUUAAGCUCCUGGGUGAAGUUUCACUAGUAACAUUCAAGUGUGCUAGUCGGUUUCUGCCUUAGCCAAUUCCUUCGUUGUAACCUUGCCACAAAGCAGAGACAGGCUAGCAUCAAGGCUAACACAUCAAUAUUACAGCAAGGUGACUGGACAAUUUGUUUGGGGUUAUGCCCCACCCAGUCAGUAGGCCAAAAUAACAUUGAAAAUCAUCAGCAUUGUUAUGGUUAUUUGAAAAGCAUCCCCUCCUUGUGUCCACUUGAGGUAAUGCAGAGAGAUUAAGGAGGGUGUGUCUGGUCAAUAGGCAACUACAGUCAAUGUUGAUUAAAGGUAUGUUUUUGUGGAGUGGUGACUUAUCAAUGUGUCCUUUAAACUGAACUGUACCCCUGGCACACAGGCCUGUCCCUCCUCUCCUCCCACCUGUACAGCUUCAACCACUCCAUGUUAUAUUGACUUGCUUAUUUAUUUGCAUGGUGUAUUUCUACUGCAUGUUUGACGUUUCAUUAUGAUAUUGUGUUUUAAAGACGUGACACUUGCCAAACAAAUGUUUCAAUCUCAGGAUAAUAAAGUCCCUCUAAUCCUAAUUCCAAUGCAUGGAAUGACAUGUGCUUUAAUACUGUAUGUUACCAGGGCAGUGUUCAGGAGGGUGCAACGUUACAGAACGAUUAGAUAGAUAGAAAUACCUUGUAUAGAACAAUGAUUGCCUGUCAGGUUGAAUAUGGAAUCAGCUUUCUAUCUGAACGUUAUGCAACGUUACCAGGGCUGUGUUCAGUGAGGUGAAACAUUCAAAAUGUUGCACAUUUAAACAUAUCGUGUAGAACAUAUAUAAUUGUCUGUCCAGCAGAAUAGGGAAUCAAACUCUAUACAUUACAUUUCUGUUUGCAACGUUUCACCUCACUGAACACCUGGGAGGUGACAUUCCACGUCACUUGGGCAAUGUCCCUAAUAAAGUGCACUACUUCUGACCGAGGCCCAUAGGGGUCUCGUCAAAAGUAGUGCACUAUAUAGGUAACAGGGUGCCAUUUGGGACUCACAUUGUAUGUGAGCCACAUAGUUAGAAUUGACUUCUUGGAAAAUGGACACAGCCCUCCAUGGUGCUACCUUGAGUCGUCACAAAAGCAAUAAAUGGAAAAGAUAGCUGCACCCCUCUAGGUUUUAGAACUAUGGUGUGAGCCAAACUCAUGUGCCCUCCCAUGGUUCUCUGCAAUACUCUAAGCAGGGUACGAGAGCGGUGCAUGGUAUGUAAAACACAAGAGCCUAAAGGAUUUUAGUGUUUGCUUAUCGUUGUAUGUCAACAACCAUAUUUCUUGGAGGCGCAGCCAGAUAAAACCGAUUGUAGUUAAGGCACAUAUUUACUUAUUGCAGUUGCAACACAGAUCAGGGAAUAUUAAGAAUUCAAACUGCUGCCAUCUAAUAGUAACAUCUGUACUCUAGAAGACUGAUCCAAUAAUCCAUAAGAAUUACUAAUACUGUAACAAGUUAGUUCAAUAUUGUGAGUUAUGAGAAGUCUCCAGUGAGUGAAUCAUUAAUCCAAGAUGGGAUUUAGGGCACACGACAGAAACAUUUAAAAACAUUUUGCAACAUAAAACAAAAGUGUUUCUUAAUGGACAAGUUCAGGUAGUUCAUCCCCAUUUCAGUAAAUUUGGUGCAUAAUGAACAUGAUCCAGGAAAUGAAUGUACAAAUAGACAGCUUUUCUGGGGGCUUUGAAGGAGGGAAUAAAAUAAAUCUAACCGUCACAACUGCAACUUUUUAUAUUUAUUAUCACAGCCACAAUAUUUUUUAUGAUAAAUUAUUUAUAAAUGAUCUAUGACAUCACACAGUCAGCUGAGUACCUUUUAUUGUACACAGUUUAUAAAAUAAAUCUGGAUAGAAUAGUUCACUAUAUAUAUAUAUAUAUAUAGUAACAUAACAUUCAAAAAAGUGUUGUCUUUUAAUGCUGAUGGGUUGAAUGUGACACCAGCACGUCAGCCUUGUCUGCAGAGUAAAAGAUCUGGACAAGAAAUGAGAAGACUUUCACCCCCC